AUGGAAUUACUGACACUUGUUGAUUAUGCACAUCACAGUUUUUCUAAACCUGUGAAGUCCAUUGCUCUUCCAGAAGAUAUCAAUUCCAAGUGGGAUAAAAGUCAGGCUCUGCAUGAUCUUUUAAGCUUCAUCUGUUACCUCAAUGAGGCAGUCAGGAAUAAGAAACUCACAGAUCCGUGCCCUCUCUCUGAAACUGUGGAAGGGCUGCUGGAGUUGUUGAAGACAAUGGAUGUGUGGCUUGAUGAGAUACCUCCACUGGACCAACCACAGAGAUAUGGCAACAAAGCAUUCAGGGAUUGGUUCAAAAAAGUUCAAGAGAAUGCUGUAGAGUUGGUGAAAAAAGCUUUAGAUGAAAAAUACAACAACGCAAUAGAUGAAAUAUCAGUAUAUCUGGUUGAAAGCAUAGGAAACCCAAUUCGAAUCGAUUAUGGAACAGGUCACGAACUAGCCUUUGUGGCAUUCCUCUGUUGUUGCUACAAAAUUGGAGCGCUGGGAGUUGAAGACGCACAGGCAGCUGUUUGCAAAGUUUUCCACAAUUACAUAGAGUUGAUGCGCAAAGUUCAGAUGACAUACAGACUGGAGCCAGCAGGUAGUCAGGGUGUUUGGAACCUUGAUGAUUAUCAGUUCAUACCCUUCAUAUGGGGAAGCGCUCAACUUAUCGAUCACAAACAGUUGAGACCCAAAUCUUUCUUAGACUUGGACAUAUGUAACACAUUCGCUAAAGAUUACAUGUUUUUCGGUUGUAUCCAAUAUAUUAACAAGGUGAAAUCAGGACCAUUUGCAGAGCACUCGAAUCAACUUUGGAAUAUCAGCGGCGUACCAAGUUGGGCCAAAGUUAAUCAGGGCCUCAUAAAGAUGUACAGAGCUGAGGUUUUGUCCAAAUUUCCGGUGAUUCAGCAUUUCUUAUUUGGAUCUUUACUAAAAAUAUCUCCAGUUUGA